ACCAUUAAUCGUCGAAGUGGAUAGACCCAGAACGACAACGAAAGUGUUGAGAGUUUGAGAUCUCUGGCUGGUGGGGGAUUUAAUUUACUUGGAAAUAAGUCUCUGGGAAUUUAAUUCUAUGGGAAAUUGCUAUGGAAGUGGUGAUCAUCACGGUGUCUCAGGCUCACAACCAACGAAUACAUCUCAAUCGGCUGAUCUUUCUGUGAGGAAACGAGCCAUGAUCAGCAGAAAGUACUCUUACAUUCCAGAUAGUUACAGUAGUCUCGAACAGGUUUCUUCUGCUUUGAGAGGUUCAGGUCUAGAAUCAUCAAAUCUCAUUCUUGGAAUUGAUUUCACGAAAAGCAAUGAAUGGACAGGCAGAAACACAUUUCAAAAUCGGAGCCUGCAUGCAAUUGGUGAUACACCUAAUCCAUAUGAGCAGGUUAUUAUGAUUGUUGGAAAGACUUUGGCUCCCUUUGAUGAAGACAAUUUGAUCCCUUGUUUUGGAUUUGGUGAUGCUACAACCCGCGAUGAAGGGGUAUUUAGCUUUCACAGUGAUCAUACACCGUGCCAUGGAUUUGAAGAAGUGUUGGCUUGUUAUAAACACAUUGUUCCAAAUUUAAGAUUAUCAGGGCCAACUUCUUUUGCACCAGUAAUUGAGGUUGCAAUUGAUAUUGUGGAGAAAAGUGGAGGGCAAUACCAUGUUCUUGUUAUAAUUGCAGAUGGCCAGGUUACAAGAAGUGUUGAUAGAAUGGAGGGAGCUCUUAGCCCACAGGAAUUGAAAACAAUUAACUCAAUAGCAACUGCAAGUUCGUAUCCACUCUCAAUUGUGCUUGUUGGCGUUGGUGAUGGACCCUGGGACAACAUGAGGAAAUUUGAUGAUAAGAUCCGAGAACGUGUGUUCGACAAUUUUCAGUUCGUUAACUUCACAGACAUCAUGUCUAGAGAUGUUAGCCCCUCUGAGAAAGAAACAGCAUUUGCUCUUGCAGCACUAAUGGAGGUCCCCAUCCAGUACAAAGCAACCAUGGAACUUGGUCUCCUUGGAAGAACCAAAGGAGGUCCAACAAAGAUUGUUCCCCGGCCUCCUCCUCUUCCUCGUGUUUCUUCCACCGGCGGUCGUCCGCUGCAUCCACUUUCUGGUGGACCAAGCAAUAACGCCGCUCCAUCCGGUGGAGAUGACAGGACACAAACAUGCCCUGUUUGCUUGACUAAUGAGAAGAAUUUAGCUUUUGGGUGUGGGCAUAUGGUCUGUAGAGAGUGUGGGCCGAGAGUGACUAACUGCCCCAUAUGCCGAGGACGCAUCACUUCCCGUAUCCGACUAUAUACUGGGUGAAGGCGUGAAGCUACUACACUCUCAUCAAAUUAAUUAUAACCAUAUACAAAACAUCCUGUACAUUUACCUGCUUUCUUUCUUUCUUUCUUUCUUUCUUAUUUCAAGAAGUAAAAAAAAUGAAAAUAAUCUGUAUUGAUAAUGAUAUUGUAUAGGAUUUCCACUAAAAAUUUAUAUUAUGACUCUCCACUUCUACCUUCCUUAUUCCUCUGGAGAGACAUAAUUUAGCCCAUCACAAAGAGCCAAAACUUCAGCAAGAAUAGAAAUACACCAGAGCACGAUUUCUCACA